AUGGCGCCUGGCCACGUGACCCGGGGCAGUCGGAUUUCCGGCCGACGGGGGCGGAAGCCGAGGAAGACGCAGUCUCAGUCGUCGACGUUAGUCGCUGCCCUCGCCGCUAACGUUCUGUUAUGCGUGGCUAAAGUCAUGGUGAAAUGCUGCUCCGCGAUCGGAUGUGCUUCUCGCUGUUUGCCAAAUUCCAAGUUAAAAGGACUGACUUUUCACGUAUUCCCCACAGAUGAAAAUGUAAAGAGAAAAUGGGUAUUAGCGAUGAAAAGACUUGAUGUGAAUGCUGCAGGCAUUUGGGAGCCUAAAAAAGGAGAUGUGUUGUGUUCAAGGCACUUUAAGAAGACAGAUUUUGACAGAAGUGCUCCAAAUAUUAAACUGAAACCUGGAGUCGUACCUUCUAUCUUUGAUUUCCCAUCUCACUUACAGGGGAAAAAAGAACAGCUUCAUUGUAGGAAAAACUUCACCCUCAAACCCCUUCCAGUCACACACCACAAUCACAAGCUUGUUGGUGCUUCCUCGUGUAUUGAAGAAUUUCAAUCCCAGUUCAUUUUUGAGCACAGCUACAGUGUAAUGGACAGUCCAAAGAAACUUAAGUAUAAAUUAGAUCAUGUGAUCAGCGAGCUAGAGGAUACCAAGAAAAGUCUGCAGAAUGUUUUAGACCGAGAAAAGCGUUUCCAAAAAUCAUUGGGGAAGACAAUCAGGGAAUUAAAGGAUGACUGUCUCAUCAGCCAAGAAACAGCAAAUAGACUGGAAGCUUUUUGUUGGGAAUAUUAUCAGGAGAGCAUAGAAUGAGACUGUAUUUCAUGAAAUAAUUUCACGUUAUGUUUAACCUAAAAUUGACAUUGGUACAACUUUUUAGAAAAUAAUUCUUAUUUACCAUUAUUAAAUACUGUCUAUCAUUUAGAGUGUUCUUUGGGUCCUCUUCAGCAUUAAUAAGCAUUAUAGUUGUUAUCCAAAGACCAUUUUUUAAGACAUGCAGAAAUUUGUGUUAGUUCUCAUGUUUUGGUGUGACUUGUAACAAUUACGUUUUUAUAUAUCUAAACUAGUGCCAGGUCAUUAGUUGUAAAUUAAAAGAUCGAGAAAAUUCUCCAGACUAAGGAAAUGAUAUCAAAUCAGCCAUGUUAAGCUAUGGUAGUAGGAACUGAACACUUCUUCAGCAGCAGCAGAUUUUUUACUUCAAAGGAAUACUUUUACUAUUAUUUAUGUAGGUACUCUUUAUGGUAAAUAUGUUCAAUUAUACUUUAAAAUGUAUCUUACUAUAAAGCAGAAUUUAUUUAUAACACAUGUUGACUUUGGAUCUAGUCCAAGGUGUUUUGUUAUCAGUAAUACCAAAAGAUCUUUUCACAAGACAUCCCAUGGUACUGGCUCUAAGAACAGCAUAUGGUACAAAACUUUAGGCUUUUAAAGUUGUCCAGAGACAAGUUAAGAAGACUCCUGGACAAGGUCUUAGUUUUUAAAUAGAGUACAUUGUUCUUCCUCACUACUUUUAUGUAAACCUGUGUAGUUUUAAAAAAUUUUAGAAAUUUUCAUAAAUCUGAUUUUUCUAAUAGCUAGUUACUCUGACAAUUCCGAACAUUCUGGGUUUUUUUUACUGUCAUUUCAUCACAAAGGUAUAUCUUCAAAAUCUGAAUGCCAGUACUUUCAGUUUAAUGCUGCUUUAUAUUUUACAGAAAGUAAUAUUGCUGACACUUUCAAAAGUAUAAAAUAUAGAAGAAACUAUUUUAAAAGAAUGAUGUGUCUCUUCCAGUGGUAUUAGGAAUUGGAAAAAGGGUUAUAAUAUUUUCCUCUAAUUAGAAGAAUAGAUUACCAUUCAAGAGCUUUUAUAUAGAGAAAUCGGUAAGAAAAACAUCAGCUUUAUAAGUAGUUUCUGAGUACACAGAUAACUCUUAGCUAUUUUCUGAUUGAUCCAAGUGUCAGAAAUUUUGGUUUUCUCUCAGUUUCUUAGUAAAAGCAACUGAAAUUAAGAAACAUAAAAACUAUGGAUUAGAAUGCAAUGUACUAACCCAAAGUCAAAUUCUACUUUGAAGCAUAUGUACAUAUAUGAAUCUCAUUAAGGCAUCUAUGUUAUAGUAUUUAGAAUUUGAGUGUCAAUUAUUUCAAUGUGUUAACUAGAAAUGAACUACAUUUGUGCUAAAAUGUUCAUUAUAAUUUUGUUUGUGAUAUAUUAAUAUCAUUAAGGAUAUCGUCACUUGAAUUUUUUUAUAUUUAAGAAUUCUCCGUUUUAAUGCAUGUUAUAUUUUUAUAUAGGACUCCAAACCUUCUGUCUGAAUGGGAUUUUUACCCACAUUUGACGGAUCAGCAUUAUGCUAAGAAAUUUCUGAGGUCAUAUAUUUUUACUACCUUAAAAAAAACUCAUUAGUUACCCAUUAUUUAUGUUAUUUAAUUUUGAAUUCAUGAUGGACACUUAAGUGGGAAGUUUGGGAAUGACUUCUGUGACAAAUAUGGAGAUUUUUCUCUCUCAUCCUAUUUUUUCAAAUAAAGUCACUGGGCAGUGGAGAAAAGUAAAAGGAUAGAUCCAAAACAGUGUGUCCAAACUCUAGCUCUCUACAGGCUGCUUAAAAUAAAUCAAGCCCGGGAGACCUUACAAAAGCCAAGUCCCAGUUUCUGCCUCUAUCAGUUAACCAGUUACUCUUUUACUACUUGUGUUCAGAGUGAAUUCAGUCCUUGUGCUCUUUUUCAUUGGUCUUCGUAUCACUGAGCGAGAGAUAACUGUGGGGAAAUAUUGGUAUCAUCAAUGAAUUGGAGUACCCAUUUGCUCUUUAUUUUUAUGGAGAUGUGAUUACCAAUAGAAAUAUGACAUAACAAAGGCCCUCUCCACCUGCCACCCCAAACAUAUGUUUGACUACAGUAUAUACCUCAGUUCACAGUUCCCAGAGAACAGUUCUUAGCCUGGGGAAGAGCUGUUCUAUGCGGAGCAAAAUCAGUCAUCUCCCAUCCAGAGGUUCCUCCAGGAACCAAGGCCAGCCAAGGGUUUCCCUUCGUUUUAAGGCUCAGCGUGGCCUCUGGAUUCUGGAACAAACCAAUACAUCAGUUCAACCUCAGCCCCAAAUCGGGUGUGAAGGACAUGACAAGGCGUUUUUCUCCAUAUAAAGUUUAAAUCUUUAGACUUUGGUUGCUAAAGAUAAUCAUAAUUAUAACAUAGUCUUUAAAUGGAGGACAGAUGAAAUGUAUUAAAAUUUGUAUACUUAGUUUCCAUGAAAAAAUAAGAUUGUUACAGAAAUAACAGGGUUGAAGAAUCCAUUAUAUACUUGAAAAAAUAUUUUCUUCAGUAACAUGCUCUAUGUGGUUUUUAUACAUUUAGUUAUUCAAUAAAAUGAA